CGCGCUCGGCAUCCUCCUUCACGCGCUCAUCGCGCUCACGCCCGGCCCAAACAACGCGGGCGGUUUCGGCGUGAUGCUCCUCGCCCGGUACUGCUUCUUCGUGCCCGCCGCCGCCGCCGCCGCGCUCACCGAGCUGCGACUCCUGCGCGGCCCGCUUUUCGCCCUCGCACUAGCCAUCGUCGUCUCCAGCUCACUGCCUGCGCUUCUCCGCGGCGCCGACCACGUCUUCUUUGUCGACUGGUCGCUGCCGGUCUACACGGCCCAGGCACUAGUUCUCGGUCGCGCGUUGGCAAUCGGCUGCCGCUGUCGCGUGGCGGCUGAGAAUACGGCGGUGGCGCGAGGGGCGCGAACGAACAGCACUGGCUCGCCGCACGCGGCACGCGCCGACUCUAGCCGCCGCUCGUCGUCGUCAGCGCCGCGAGCCGCGCCGCGAGCCGCGCUGCAGGCCACGCCGCCGCCGCAACUUGCCGGCGGCGCCCAGAAAGCACUUCGCUGCGGCUUCGCCGCGUGGAUGGUCUGGUAUACGUUCGGCUUGCCCAUCCUCGGGCUGCAGGACAUGGGCAACGUGCAUAUGUUCGCGUCGCUGCGGCUGCACGGCGGGUCCAACCACCUCUUUUUGCCGACGGGCCUGCUGCAGGAGUGGCUGGUCAAUGACGAGCCGUCCUCGCCGUGGUCAGGCGGCGUCGUGCGCGUCGAGUCCGCCACGUCGCCGACCAUGCGCAACCUCUACCCAGCCGAGGUGACGCACAUCCUCUCGCCGCGCACGCGUGAGCUGCUGCGCACGAUUGGGCGCCAGUGGUUCCCGCUCAAGACUCGCAUCUUCGGCCCCGCACCGCACCCCGAGGAGCUCGUUGGUCCCCGCCUUCCGUACACCAUCCCCGCGCUCGAGCUGCGCCGGCUGCUCAAGGAGGCGCGCGCUCGCCGCGAGGUGAACUACGAGCUGAGCUACACGCACCUGCCGAGGUGGUGGCGCAAGAUGCCUGCCGGGCGCCUCGACGUCAAUAGCUCUCGCGCGCACCACAGCGAUUCUACCGUCGCCUUCUCCGUCGAUGGGCGGGGGGUUGAGACCUGCACGUCCGGCCCGACGGGCGGGUGGAUGCUCAUGGGACGCUCUUCCACGCCCUGCGGCCCAAGGGAGCUGCCGAAUCUGCCCCCGCCGGGCCUCUGGCCGCUUAAGUUCCUGCUUUUCUACCCCGUGCCGCUGCUACCAGCGGAGGCCGGCCCCUCGGCGGAGAUGCCCUGCGUGGACCCGUAGCGUGUACAGAAAACGGUCGAACUCUGACGAAUGACGUACGUAUGUAAAGAGUGAAUGCAGAAGAUGGGAUAGGGGAGGGAUAAAGGUAAGUCGACAUUGUGGUGUCGCUAUCGCGGGACCCUGCGAGCUGCGUGGGGCAGGCGUGUGGGGUUCCAGCUGCCGCGCAUAUGCACACACACGAUCUUGCAUGCGGGAGGGAUCUUCAAUCCACAUCCUGAGACACCAUCAGUCACUGCCUGGAUCAACAACAUGCAUUCUAUCUCCAUCAUCAGUCACAUCGCAGCGCGAUGUCCUGUCACAAACCAGCGGCACACCACGACGAGCAAAUGCCGGACGAUGGUUCAGAGGUCAAGCGAGAACACUCCGCAUUCGACCGACGCGGGCGUCACCGCCUCCCACGGGCGCCAGUCGAGCCCUCUUCCCCAGGCGCAAAGCUCCUUCUCGACCCGGAGCUCGUGCUGCACUGUCUCGAGCAGCUCCGAGGUGACGGUCGAGCCGCGUUGGCGGGAGCGGCGGUUGCCGAGAGGUGCCUUCUUAGCCACUGUUUCAAUAGAGCGGCGUUCGCUGAGUGGGGACCGGCGGGGCCCCAGUGGAGAUACCAUGGUUGGUUGAGAUGCCGUGACCCCGGACCGAUGUUGAGUACCCAGCAUACUGGGCAGAGGCGCCGAUGAGGACGGCAGCGGCUAUGGCCAUGAACGCAAUCCAGUAGCCUGGCUUGCGCGAACCCGGGAGGCUCAGGCUCGGCAGGCCGGCGCCCAGCUUGUUCUGGACGUUAUGGGCCGCGUUCUCGAUGUCGCCCACAGCGCCGCCGGUGAUGUCGUUGGCGACGUCCUUUGAUUCGUCGACAACGUCGCUCACGGCAUUGAUGACGUCGUCGACGAUGCCGCGCGCCUGCGGCUCCUCGGUUGACACAGGCUCCUCGGUGGCAGCCAUCAUCCUUCCUCCUCAGUUCCUACUUCCGG